AUGAAAAUUAUGCACUGUGAUGUAAAAACUGCUACAAAAAUAUUGCAAAGCAAAGUUACAGUGAUUAAAUAAAUGUAUACGUUGCAUUUUGCGUACAUAAUGUAUUUCCAGUUUCUGUUUCCCGUUACAAUAUUAAUGAAAGAAUCUUUUAUACGUUUGAUAUUUUAUUUAUAUUUAUUAUACGCGAACGAGUGCCGUGGUUUCCAAAGUAACCUUCAGUUACGAAAUUUCGUUUGAAUGCUAGUCUCUUUCGUACAACGACUAUACCCGUUAAACCUAUUACAGUUAACAGGUUGAACCGCCUAUGGGUAUCAACGGCGUACCGCAAGCAAAUUUCCAAAUUGCCCGCAGCCAGCAACAAGAAAAAGGGGUUAGAAACAUUAAGCAAACAGCCGGUGAAUAUUUUCCAGCGAUAUUAGCAGGCAAACGAAUGACAAGGAAACUAGAGGCACUAUCUGGAUCCACCUCGAGGCUUUUCGAGAGCAACAGACGGUCGCGGGAG